UAACGAAACAGCUGUUUUUGUUUUGAUUGAACACCGCGGCGUGUUAGCUAUCCGCAAACGGUUACGUGCAUUUUUUGUCUGACUAUGAGAGGUCUUUUAAUUAAACUUCGCAGGCAAUGCGAUGUAGCUGUUCUGCAUAAAGCAUUGACUACGACUUUUAAUGGCCGCAGCUCUAACAGAAUAUGCAUUAAUUCACGUUUGUUUGCUACCAGUAUUCAAGACAAUCCAAAACGGGACCCCAAUCAACGAGAACGACCCCACUGCAAUGUGGGCACUAUUGGACAUGUAGAUCAUGGCAAAACAACUCUCACUGCGGCGAUAACCAAAAUUCAGUCGAAAAAGGGUUUGGCUGAUUACAUAUCGUAUGACCAAAUCGAUCGAGCGCCCGAGGAAAAGGCCCGAGGCAUAACCAUAAAUGCUUGUCACAUUGGCUAUGCGACCACAGAUCGCACCUACGCACACACUGACUGUCCGGGACAUGCGGAUUAUAUAAAGAACAUGAUUUCGGGCGCAUCGCAAAUGGAUGGAGCAAUAUUAGUAGUAGCCGCUACCGAUGGACAAAUGCCGCAAACUCGGGAACAUUUGCUGCUGGCAAAGCAAGUAGGUAUAAAGCGCAUUGUGGUGUUCAUCAACAAGGCGGAUCUUGUCGACCAGGAGGUGCUUGAAUUGGUAGAAAUUGAAAUGCGUGAAAUGCUGUCGGACUUCGGUUUCGAUGGCGUCAACACCCCAGUGAUUUGUGGAUCGGCAUUGCUAGCGUUACGCGAUGAUCCAUCCCCGUUUGGUGUGCCCGCAAUCGAGCAGCUUCUAACCCACUGCGAUACGUAUAUACCAACACCCACGCGAGAUGUAAAGGGACCCUUUAUUCUCCCCAUUGAUAAUGCAUUUACGGUGCCGGGUCGCGGUACUGUAGUCGUGGGUACUAUAAAGCGUGGCACGAUAGCCCGCAAUGCAGACGCCGAUCUUCUCGGAUUCAGCCAGAAUUUGAAGACCAGCGUCAGUGAUAUACAAAUAUUUCGCAAGAGCGUCCCUCAGGCACUGGCCGGUGAAAAUGUGGGCGCUCUGUUGCGGGGUAUUAAAAUUUCAGCUGUGGAACGCGGAAUGCUGCUCUGUGCAUCUGGCUCUGAGGAUAUAUCCAAUCACUUCGAAGGCUCUAUGUACUUGCUCUCACGCGCCGAGGGCGGACGCAACAAGCCCAUGCUAUCCAAGUACAUACAGCAGCUGUUCAGCAUGACAUGGAAUCAGCCAGCUCGUAUCGAUAUAAUUCCACAGGAGUCGAUGUUGAUGCCUGGCGAACAUGGUCAGGUGCGCGUCACACUGCUGCGCAAGAUGGUUAUGACACCUGGUCAGCCUUUCACCAUACGUGAGAAUGGAGCCACCGUAGCAACUGGCAUGAUAACUAAUCAACUGCCCUCCCUCGAUCUUCCCAAAAAUAAGCUUUCCAAGGCACCUGUAAUUUGCUAAUAGCUUUUACUGAGGCAUGCAUGUGUAAAUCGCCUCUGUACAAAUUCUUCAUUAUAAUUUCAUUG